CACAAAGUCAGCCGCCUAACCCGCAAAGCCACAGCGACAUCAAACUUGGAAUAUUUUGGUGCCAUGGUGUUCCCACCACUGAAAGCAACUUCGAUGAUGAAUCAACUUUCAAGGAUGUGGAUUAUGUUCUUUACUGCUCUGUCAGCCUCCAUAGCUGUUCAAGACAACAGUUUGUGUGAGUGGGGGAAAUAUGGCGAGCACUGCAACUUGACUUGUCCUGUGAACUGUGCCCUAGUUCCACCAAGUAAUCUUCAGCACUGCAACAGAGACACGGGGGAAUGUUCUGCGGGAUGUCUGGGUGGUUGGCAUGGUGAUCUGUGUGACCAAGCCUGCAGCGCCACCUGUCCAGAAAGGAGAUGUAACCAGCAAACAGGGUUCUGCACACUUGGCUGCAGUGGGACCAACAUGGACCUUUUUUGUAACCCUAUAACAGAGUGUGGUCGUGGCUGGUAUGGAGAUACAUGUGAACAUCCCUGCAGCAGCAACUGUGUGGAGGACAGAUGCCACCAAACAACUGGAGUCUGUGUACUUGGAUGCCGUGGGACUUAUGCUGGAGAGGAUUGUAACAUCACGAAAGAAACCUCUUGGCCUCCAGCAGCUGCGAACAACAAGGAAGGAGGAGGGGGCGUGAUUAGCAUAAGGGUUCCUGUGUUCCUGGCUGCAGCUAUAACAGUCGCACUUGUGGUCGCAGUCGCUGGCGCUGUCGCUCUCCCAAUCAUCGUGUUAUUGAGAAGGCGGAGAGACCAGAACAGUUCACAAGAACGAUCAACAGCUGACGGGGAAGGUUUGCUUGGAGGCUUUGGAAAACACACGGAGUCAGGAUCUUCACCCAAUGAGAAGCCCCCGAUAGACACUUGAGCCUUGGGUGAAAUCAGACACGAGACAGUAUGAAUUUUUUUCAUCGACAUUUGAAGAAACUCAGAAAGAAUAAAUGAACAGUUAACAUAUCAAGUGCGUAAACUGUUGUGCGAUAAUAAUAUUUCUAAGUGUUGUGCAGAUACUCAGAAUAUAAUAUGAAGACACAGUUUUAGUUUUACUAUAAUUCAUCUGCAGAUUUACUGAAGGUGAAGAUUUGCAGAAAACAGAAAUCUCCGCAUUGACGAACAACAACCACAGGAGUACAUCAACCACAGGGGUACAUCAACCACAGGAGUACAUCAACCACAGGAGUACAUCAACCACAGGAGUACAUCAACCACAGGAGUACAUCAACCACAGGAGUACAUCAACCACAGGAGUACAUCAACCACAGGAGUAUAUGUUGUAUACAGUAGGGUUGAGCAAGAAAGUCGAAUAUUUUGUUUUAUGACGUAAUCACAAAAGUGUGUGACC